AUCACCUGACCAUGACGUCAGGCUGUUCCGCCAUCUUGGUUAGAACGAAGCCUUGAAAAUUUCCUUCGUUUUCGUCAACUAUUUAUUACAUUUCUGUGAGAUUUUGAAGGGAAAGGAAAAUUGGCAAGAUGUGUGGGGGAUUCCACUGCUCGAAGAACGCCCUGGCGGCGCUAAACAUCUUGUAUAUCCUGGUUGCUUUUAUCAUGAUCGGCGUAGCGGCGUACGGUCGUGCGAUGGCUAUGGUGACCAGCGUGUCCAUCAUCGGAGGAAUCAUCGCCAGCGGAGUCUUCCUGCUGUUUAUCGCCAUCAUAGGUCUGGUCGGCGCAGUCAAGCAUCACCAAGUCCUGCUGUUCUUUUACAUGGUGAUCUUGUUCCUGCUGUUCAUCAUCCAGUUCUCCAUCUCCUGUGCCUGCCUGGCCUUCAGUACAACAUACAAGGAACAACUACUAAAAUUUGGCUGGAACCACUCUGCCACGGCAACAAGAGCGGACACACAGAAGGCCUUCAACUGCUGCGGCCUGUACAACAGCACAUCCGCAGACCCUAAAGACCCUGUCUGUACCAGUUUGCCCUGUGCGAAGGACAGUAGUCCUGCAAACUGCCCCUCCUGUAUGCAGAAGUUACUACCCACACUGGGGACAGCACUUAGAGUAUCCGGGGGAGUAGGUCUCUUCUUCAGUUUCACAGAGAUUGUCGGUGUGUGGCUCGCAGUACGAUUCCGAAACCAGAAGGACCCACGGGCAAAUCCCAGUGCUUUCCUAUAGGAAGACUAACAACGCCCCCUAUCUAUCUUGCUUGGAUCUGCAAGCAGUUCAAAAGCAGUCAUAAUGUAUAGUUGGUACAACAUGUAUGUGUGUAACAGAGCUAGAGUUGAAUUUCCAAGUCCAAACAACAAUUGUGUGCAAGAGUCACUGUUUUCAGAAAGAAAUCAAUGUCAUAUCAAAUAUCAUCUCAUCUACUGAAAUAGACAAUAUUACAUGAACGUGGGGGUAUGAUAAUUGGAUAUACAUGUAGUAUCAUCUACAAUAACCAGUAUAUUAGUAUCAUGGUAGACUUGGUAGAAUUUUGUUAUGGACUGAAAAAGAUUAUGUAUUAAAUGACACAUUUUCAAAGACAAAGCUGAUAUUUGACAACUUAUAUGAGCUAGACACCUAAAGCAGCAAAGUUGUGAAGGAAGUUAGAGAAAAAUUCAGCUUGAAAAUGUGGCAAUAUUGGCAAAUCCAAAAGAAGAAAAAACAGCACAAGUUUUGAACCUUUGACAGUAACAGGUUAGAUUGUGACUGUCAACUGUAGAUACCAAAAUUUGGUAGGAAAUGUAUUGUGCUAAGUGAGAUACUGGUUAGCUUUUGGAAAUGGUUGCAUGGAUUGCACGGAACAUUGUUUUUCAGUAAAAACAGGCAUGUAAGGCCAGCAUAUUUGCUAAUGUUCGCCUUAUAAGCAUGAAACUUACAGUGCAACAGUGCCCCCUAUAAAAUCCCGUGACAACUGCAUGUUGUAGCUUAGUAUUUUUAUAUAUCAAUACUAGAAGUUUUCUAGGCGAAAAAAUGGUGUGAGAAGUGUAGCUGUGAAGGAAAAUGCAGCAUUUUUUUGUAUAAUUUUGUCCAUUGUUUAUAUAUACUGGUUGGUGUAAGAUAUUUGUUAUCAAUUGAUUAAUGUUUAUUGAGUUGCUUAUAUCGAGAUCAUUUUGGCUAUGUUCAGUGUACAGUAGCUGUUAGGUGGUAGUAGGGUAACAUUCCAGUACAUAUGUCAAGAAUAAGGGUAACUUCAAUAGAUUAAAGUCUAAUUAUAAGAUGAUAUUACUUAUAUGUACAGUGCAAACUAGUGGGGAAAUUUACUACUAUGUUAUGAAUGCGCUCUUUAGAUAUGCUAGAUGUCUUCUUCGAGUUUCAUACCUGAAGUCUUGGUGGAUAGUCUUAGACAAAUAUAUUUAGGAAAGGACCUCUAUCUUUUUGUCAAACUGUGUUUCUUCAGUUGGUAUAAAGGUUUCUCAGCUUAUUCGGUAGUUGCACUUUUGGUGCACUAUUUCUGAUUUUGCUGUAGGGAUUGUCUGCGAUGUUGGAUACUGUAAGUUCAUUUACUUUUGCACUGGUUUUAUUUUCCAUGUA